AUGAUCGUGUCCAACGUGAGCCUGAGCGGCUGCGCGGGGGUCAACAGCGCUCAGUGCGCCGGAGCCGGGGAAGGGCACCUGGGGGGCGGCUCAUACCGGACCACCCUCACCCCGACAGGGAACCUGGUGGUGGCUGUGUGCCUGGGCUUCAUCGGCACUUUUGGACUUCUGAACAACCUGCUGGUGCUCGUGCUCUUCUGCCGCUACAAGAUGCUGCGGUCGCCCAUCAACCUGCUCCUGAUUAACAUUUCCAUCAGCGACCUGCUGGUGUGCGUACUGGGGACUCCGUUCAGCUUCGCGGCCAGCACGCAGGGACGGUGGCUCAUAGGAGAAGGAGGAUGCGUGUGGUACGGCUUCGCCAACUCCCUGUUUGGCAUCGUGUCCCUCAUCUCCCUGGCUGUCCUCUCCUAUGAGCGCUACAGCACCAUGAUGGCCCCCACUGAGGCAGACCCCUCCAACUACCGUAAGAUCUCCCUGGGCAUCGCCCUGUCCUGGGUCUACUCCCUCAUCUGGACUUUGCCGCCGCUCUUAGGUUGGAGCCACUAUGGCCCCGAAGGUCCAGGGACCACAUGCUCUGUCGACUGGACGGCCAAGACAGCGAAUAACAUCUCUUACAUCAUCUGCCUGUUUGUGUUCUGCCUCAUCGUGCCGUUCCUGGUGAUCGUGUUCUGUUAUGGGAAGCUGCUGUGCGCCAUCAGACAGGUGAGCGGGAUCAAUGCAUCGAUGAGCAGGAAACGUGAGCAGCGCGUGUUAUUCAUGGUGGUGGUUAUGGUGAUCUGCUACCUCUUAUGCUGGCUGCCUUACGGUAUCAUGGCCCUGCUGGCCACCUUCGGGCCACCGGGCCUGGUCACGCCCGAGGCGAGUAUCAUCCCCUCAGUCCUGGCCAAGACGAGCACGGUCAUCAACCCGGUCAUCUAUGUCUUCAUGAAUAAACAGUUUUACAGAUGCUUCCAAGCCCUUCUGCGUUGUGACACUCCUCAACGAGGCUCCAGCUUAAAGAGCUCCUCCAAGGUCGUCACCAAGGCCAUGAGAGGUCAAGCACUCAACGGUCCCCGACGGACCAAUGACUUCCUAUUUAUGGUAGCAUCCCUUGGUCAACCGGCCACCACACUGCCCCAGCUGGGCGCCUCCUGUGAACCCACCAUCGACAUCACUAAAGCCCCUUCUUCAGAGAUCAAACCUGUCGUAGUAUCACUGGUGGCCCACUUUGAUGGCUGA